CAAAACUUCACGCGAGUCGGGCUUAAAACGAGACGAGAGAGGAAGAAAGAAAAAAAUCCGCAAGCAAAAUUGUGGCGCGAGUUAAAGUUCGACAGACACAUUAUUUUUGUAUUAUUGGCUCAGUGCAGUUCAGUGCUUAAUGAAGUUGAACAAAUAGUUACAUUCCUUCUUUUGCAUACGUUAAAAGAAUAGAAGCGAUAUACGUAAAAAGAAAAUUAUGUAAUAAUAAUAAAAAGUGCAGGCAGUAUAAAGCAUAUUUUCUAAAUUGUGUAAAAACUUCUUGAUGCAAGAAUAAUAUGGUUAGUAAAUCAUAUGUUGUGAGUAAAUCGAAAACGGUUGGAAAUCAAGAAGAAGCCAGUGAUGUAUGUGAUUCAAAAAUGCAAGCCAUUGAGCAUGUGAAGAGUAAUAGCAAAAAUAAGAAUUUCGGUUUCAUUAUAAACGUGAAUGAAGUAAGGAGAGAAAUGGUCAAAAUGAAGCCUUCAAAAAAAUAUCUUCACGAUGACAAUUCGUCUUCAGCCACAACCAGCACAUCAUAUUGGAACAAUAUAAAUAUUAUUAAGUGGAAUAGAGAGUCUUUAGAGAAAACAGUUCAUUAUAUCGAUAGAAGGUUUUUAUACAGAAUCAUAGCUGCAUGCUUAAUGAUAGCGUUGAUAGCACUCAUCGUAACAUCAUCAUCAUCUACAUCAUCAUCAUCGUCCAUACAUAAAAAUAAAAGUAAUCUAAACAACAGCAAUGACACUGAAAAUGCUGAACAGAGGCAAAGGUUAUUGGUCAGCAUUAAUAAGGCAAUUAAUAAUAUUAGCAGCAGCAGCAGCAUCGAAGACAGUAUUAUAGACACUACGACGAAGAUCUCAAUUAUUGACGUGACCACAUCACAGCAAUCGAAUAGUGUGCUGCCUAUACUCACAACUUACAAUAUAAUUGCUUCUCAGAACGGCGACUACAGUAAAAAAUCUAAUGAUGAAGUUACGUUAACAAACAAUUAUGUCGAGAGAAUUAAUUUCUAUACAACAUCAAAUAAAAAUUUAUUUUCUGCUAAAGUCUCACCGACACUGCCGUCAAUUAACAAAAACUACAAGUCAACAUCUGAGAUUCCUGUACUAAAUUAUGCAAACGAUUGCGAAUCCACAUCGUUACCAUUAUGUCAAGGAAUUUCAACAUACGAUCUGACAGAUUCGAAGCAAAAAUGGAACUUGACAAACCUAGAAUAUCAACAUUUCGAGCAUCUAAUAAAUUCUAAUUGUUCUAACCGCGUUCAUGAGUACGUAUGUCAUAUGCUGGAGCCUGAAUGUCGCCCAUCACAAGUUGAAAAUCUCAAGCCGUGUAGAAGAAUUUGUAAAGGAAUAUUUGAAAGUUGUAGUCACAUUAUAGCAAGCUCGGAAGUACUGACAGAGUUUUUUGAUUGUAACACUUACAUAGAUUCGAACGAUAUGAAUGUCUGCGAAGAUAUCACAAGAUCACGCAAAAAUUGCUAUAACGAUGAAUUUAAAUGCGGAGAUUUAUCAUGCAUUCCAUUAAAAUGGAGAUGCGAUAAUAUUCGAGAUUGUGCGAACGGCGAUGAUGAGGAUGAGUGUAAAUUUUGCAAUUAUGAUGAAUUUAAAUGCUUAUCGGAUCAAUCGUGUAUAUCUGAGAAAUGGCUAUGUGACGGCUUUGAUGACUGUUUGGAUGGCAGCGAUGAGACAAAUUGCGAUACACAAGAAAGCGAUGAGGAACAAGAUACGCGAAUUUUUUAUGAUGAUAUCAGAGAUUAUACUGAUCAGGCCUCAAUUGAUCAUAAUGAUUCCGAUGGUGAUAAAAUAAUCUCGACGGGUGAUGAUGUGAUGCCAAUAUUCAUUAAUCCAAAUACAACCGACACAAAUGAAUCCCAAAUGAGUUCAUCAGCACAAAUGUCAAAGAGAUUCAGAAGUACAAUGCGCAAGCAAGAAACGACAACGCCAAAAGAUUUCGAGGAAACGUCAACGAAAAUAACAAAGAGGGUAACCUUCCAUUCGACCUCUCAUUCAUCUCCAUGUCCUGAAGAUCACUUGCGGUGUAUUGAUGGAUUAUGCAUUACUUUGGAUCAAAUAUGUGAUAAGAUUCGAGAUUGUUCAGACAACUCUGAUGAACUUCAUUGUGAAUAUUGAAACAUUUAAUUAGUUUAUAGUUGCGAUUUUAAUACCAAAUUCCUACUCUUUCUCCUUUAAAUUUAUUGUAAUUUCAUGCGUUACCAAUGUUCAUUCAUGCCACAUAAAUAAACUUAUUU